AUGCAACGGGACAUGGUUACGCUAGAAAAGAAUCCAAUGGAGGAACAACUAUUUAUGCCAGGAUCGUUCACUCUACAAUGUAGACUCGGGAACACAAUCUUCGAAGAUUGUUUAUUUGAUCUGGGAGCCAGCCUCAAUGUGAUGUUUCUUGCCACGUCCAACCAUCUCAGUUAUUACCAUUACAUGGACAUCGACAUGGUGUUAGGACUAGCGGAUGGAAGCGAAAGGAAGACAGUAGAAAAGCUGACUAACUUGCUUGUCAUGAUCGGCAAUGUGCUCUUACCCACCAAUUUCGUGGUAAUUGGAAUUAGAGAAGACGAGGAGGAGAAGAUUUUGUUGGAAGACCAUCCUUACAUCAGCCGGAUGUCUGUUUGA